AAAAAAACAAGAUAAAGCAGGUAGAGAGGUUUUCAGCGAUGGAGGUGAAAAGAAGAAGAAGGAGGGAGCAACCCACCGGAGCACCUGCUCCAUCUGCUAGGUUGGUUGCUCACCACGUAGAAUUUGACGAAAGAGCACCACAGCCCCCACCGGAGCACCUGCUCCAAGGGGUGCUCACCACGGACAAUGCGACGAACGAGCACCCUGCUCUAGUUUGGAGCACCUGCUCUGCCAGGGUGUUUGGCGCUUCCAGGUAAGUUUUUUGGAAAAUUGGAGUUUUAAUGGGAACGCAGGGGCUAGUGUGCAAAUUUUACCAAAAAAUUUAUUUUACACAGAAUUUUACCCUACCUGAGUUUUCCUUGGUUUCUUAACUUGAGUUUUGCGACCCAUAAACACCUCCUCCUUCCUCCUUUCUUUUUCACCAUACUUGAUACUUGAGCUCAAAUCCCAGAUUUUUCAAAACUUCACCGAUUUCAACGUUUUUGAGUCUAAGUUCAUCGGUUUUUCGUCCUCUCUCCGUUUCUGCAACCAAUUUCGACACCCAGCAAAGGUAUGACUCGCAAUUCCCUUUUUAAUAUUUCGGCGAAAUUUUAAAAAAGGUGCUUACUUCUAUCUGUCUGUUGAUUUCGACUUAUGCGCAUGUUGUUGAGGUUCUAGAGCAGCAUCAGCUUACAUCUAUGAAUGCCUCCCAGAACAAUGUUCAAAAAGAAGGGAAAGAAGAAGAACGGUGAGGGAAGUAAACCUACCCCAUCGACGUAUCCAUGGCCUCGCGAAGAAAACACACUGAUCGAAUUACCUGAUGAGUUGAUACCCGAACAAUCGGACGAGCAGUGGGACCAAACGGACUCGUUCUAUUACAACAAGCUGCUCAACAUCAAACUGCAACCAACCUUAGUGAUGUGCACAGACACACUAAAACGGUUGGGAAUCUUCGAUGAGGUGAGCAUCAUCCUGCGCAACACGAAGCUGACGCAACUCGCUUUCGAGGACGACGAUCUCUACCCUGAUCUGGUCCGCCAAUGCCUCGCAUCUGCAAAGUUGCGGUACGCAAAUCCGACGAAGCCAAAGGCCGAUGAAGCAACUUUCACUUUCUUUGCUGAAGGGAAGCGCUACAGCAUCGACAUGGCAACGUUUUGCACUGCUUACGGGUUUCAUGACGAGGAUAAAGAGCUGCGUUUCCCGAGUAAGUUCGAGGUUGCCAACCAAUUUUGGCAAACCAUCGCCUCCGGCCACUACAAGUCGAACACGGCAAGCAUAUCAGUCAUUCGCCACCCAGCUGUUCGAAUCUGUGCGAAAAUUUUCAACAACAUGCUGUUCAACCGUGAUUCUGGGAAUAAGGUAGCGCUGGAUGUUUUGAUGUUGCCUUACUUUGGUUGUGGUGAUUUGGUUGCAGACUCUUACAGCGUCAGCGUCCCGGUCGAGCACAGUAUCAACUUUGGAGUUCAGCUGGCGCAAACCAUAUGCGCAGUGAGGACCAAACCUUUUGGGAGUUCGCAGGUCAUUUACAUUGGGAGUCUCCUCACAGCGCUUUUCACUUUUGCUCAUAUUCCUCUUCGGUAUGCUACAAAAGAUGUGAGCCGAAGGAGAAUGGAUACAGCCCAUCUGCUGACUUCAGGUUUUCUAUGCGAUGAGAACACCUACAGCUACAAAGGUGCUUACGGAGUUGCACAGCGCACGCCUCUCCCAAAUCCUGCCAUGACCGCACUAAACACUGCAGCUAACCUGCGUUUCCUGAUGGAGGUGCCACUUUUAGCUGAUGCAGCACACGACGGAGCACCCGCUCCGAAUUCUGGAGCACCUGUUUCGAGUUCCGGAGCACCUGCUCGCGCCAGUUCUUCAUGCUAUCCACAUUCACCGCAGAGAGAUGAGGAGCUGCCUGACUACGUUUCAGCUGAUGCUGGUGAGUUCGAUUUGGCUCCUAUCUCUGAUGAUCCUGAUGAUGCAGAGUUUCGGAGGUGGAUGGUCGCGUCUACAAAGAAGAACAACAGCCUCAUGAAGAGGUUGUUGCAGAUGCUUACCAGUGGAUAUCGUAGCAGCACAGCGACCGCAGCCAGUUCUCCGGAGAGGCACCCGAGACGCAGACGUCGCACUGGUGGAUCUGGUAGUGAGAGCCCGGAGGACACCACCACUCACUGACCGCUAGUAACAUCUCUCUACCACCAUUGUACUAUCCGCUUUGGUUUCUUUUCUUUUAUUUGUUUCGACAGGAUUUUUCUCUGCUCCUAUUUGUACACCAGGGACGGUGUAUAAUAAGUUCGGGGGAGGAUCUUGUCAUCUUUUGCAUUUUCUUGUGUUUUUCUUGAGUCGGUUUUAGUUUGUUUCUUUGAGUCAGUUUGUUAUAUGAGUCAAGUCAAAGCUCGUGGGAAUUAGGACCAAUUCUAUGAUGAUUUCAGACCAUUUGUGAAUCUUGACCACCUUCUUCUAGUGAUUAUUGCUGCAGAAUCAUCUAGAUCGACUAAUGGAAAAUCCAAAGACAAAGCAGUAGAUUAGAGGAGCCCAAAAUUCUUGACACAUCCAAUGAACCUGAGCUAAUUUUUGAGCCUUUCAUUUUCCGCAUCGAUCAGGUUAGUGCUCAUAGGGCUUGACUCCUCAUUCUUACCUGACAAAUAAAGACCUGUGUGAUAGAUUUGGUAUUCCUCUCUUAUGUUCUAAGCAUUGUUUCAG